AUGGCGGCCGCGAGGUGUCAAUCAGGCGACGUGCGGCCCACGCAGAGGCAGGCCGGCCCGGGCACAGGACACAGCACCCCCGAGGGCCGUCAGGCUAGAGCAGAGGGCCCCACGGGAGCUUCUAUGCAAAGUGGGCGGGUGGUGUUCCGGAAGCGCUCGCCGCACUCCCUGUACGCCGUGGUGGCUUGGACCGCCGCCGCCGUCAUCGCCUUCCAAGGCCUGCUGCACUGGAUACAGGUGAACUCCCCCACCGCGCCUCACGCGUGCUGGCCUGCAGAGAGGCUGCACAAACUCAACUCGCUGUUCUCGCAGGUGACGCAGCGGGCUGGCUACUUCAGCCUCAAGGCCUACUACGCCUUCUUCGUCAUUAUCGGCCACGCCCCCCUGCUCAUCCCCUUGCUGCACUGGCCCGCCCUGCACCACGUCGCCCGCGCGUUCAACUACUCCCACCAGUUCCAGGCCAACUUCCAGCAGGCAUUCGGCGUGCCGCUGCGCCUCGGGAUGCACCGCAGGGCGCUGGCGACGGGCAUCGUGUCGCCGCUGUUCGGCGUGGCCGUCACUUUCUGGGCGCACUUCUACGGCUACCUGCCCUGGCGGCAGUUCCCCACCUACGAGCUCAGCGCCACGUACCUGGCCAUCGUGCCCGGCACCUGGCAGCUCGCGGGCCUCGGGCUGGAGACGUCGGCCCAGCGGCUGCUGCACCAGCUGCACCAGCUGACGCAGGUGCUGGGCCGCGACAGAGACGCUGCGAGGGCGAGGCUCCGCCUCCGCGAGGCCCGCUGGCUGUGGCUGCAGCUGGACCACUCGGCCAGGCUGUGGGCGCGCGCCUGGACCCACGCCCUGGCGCACUUGCUGCUCUUCUCCAUGGCCACGGUCCUGCUGUCCAUCUUCGGGGUCAUGAUGCCGCUGCUGCGCGCGCAAGGGCUCAGCGACCAGCACGUCGGCUUGGUCGUCGGCGUCGGCCACAACUGCCACAACAUCUACGCUCUGUGCACGGCGGGCUACAGGGUGCGGACGCAGGUGAGAGACACUAUCAUCAAAGAAUUACUGAGAGUUAAGCUACCCAGCUCUGAGGCUGCAAUGUACAAAGAGGUACUAAAAUUCACCAAGGCCAUUGACAUGCAGGACACUAAAAUCUCCUUGAGGGGCUAUGUCACCAUCAAUAGAACAUUGAUAAUUAAGUGUGCUACUCUACUACUGACCUAUGUUAUAGUGUUGCUUCAGUUUGCAUAUGCUAAAGGUGCCCAAUAA